GAAAGCUAGGGUAAAAAAACAACAACAAACUCAUUUUUACUCUUCUUUGCUUUCUUUUCACCUACAAAAGAACGAUUUCAAGAAGUUCUUCAAGAAGCAGCCUAUCAAACAACAAGUAUCCAACGCUAACUUGGGAGCAAUGAUGUAAUACUGUCUAACAUAUGAUAUUAUGAUGAAGCCGCAGAGUACAAGCCCCAAUCAGAGUCAAAUCUAUGGUCCGGUUCACACUGGUCAGUUCAGUCUCGAUCGUUCCAAGACAGCCAAAACCGUGCCCAAAACCCAGAGAUUUAUCGACUCUAAAAUUAGAGAACCUUUCAUUUGGUUUGAAAAUGUUAGCCCGACGAAUCCUCAGCAACCCUCUGGUAUGCCCAUCUCUCAGAAAAGGCCUAGCAACUCAAGUAAGCCCUAAUGCUUCCAAGAAGGCAAAUUCCAAAUCUCAAGCCAUUUUUGACCGGGAAAGUCGCUUUGGAGCCCACAAUUACCAUCCUCUGCCCGUGGCCAUAAAAAAAGGCCUUGGGGUUCAUGUUUGGGACGUGGAGGACAAGAUGUAUUUCGACUUUCUCAGUGCAUACUCGGCUGUUAACCAAGGGCAUUGUCAUCCGAAAAUCUUGAAGGCCCUCCACGAUCAAUCUCAAGUCCUAACACUAACCUCUCGAGCCUUCUACAACGACGUGUUGGGUGAAUACGAAGAGUUUGCUUGCCAAUUGUUUGGCUAUGACAAGUUGUUGCCCAUCAACACAGGUGUGGAAGCCGGUGAGACGGGACUCAAAUUGGCUCGCAAAUGGGGAUAUUUGGCCAAAGGAAUACCUCAAAAUCAGGCCAAAGUGUUGUUUUGUGAAAACAACUUUUGGGGUCGAACUGUGGCCGCAGUUUCAAGUUCCAAUGAUCCUGUAGCGAUCAAGGACUUUGGACCCUUUCUGCCCGGAUACGAGGUGGUUCCCUACAACAAUCUCGCAGCUUUAGAGGAGAAAUUGAAAGAUCCCCACAUGUGCGCCUUUAUGGUGGAGCCGAUCCAAGGUGAAGCUGGGGUUGUGGUGCCAGAUGUUGGAUAUUUGAAGGAAGUGCGGAGGCUUUGUGCCAAAUACAACGUCUUGUGGAUCGCCGAUGAAGUUCAGACAGGUUUAUGUCGAACGGGAAGGAUGCUCUGCGUGGAUCAUGAAGAAGUAAAGCCGGAUAUACUACUUUUGGGCAAGGCGCUGUCGGGAGGUGUUCUUCCCGUUGCGGCCGCUUUAGCCAACAAUGACGUCAUGGGCCUGUUACAGCCGGGACAACAUGGGUCCACUUACGGCGGGAAUCCCUUGGCCUGUAAAGUAGCCAUGGCUGCUUUGGAGGUGCUCGUGGAGGAGAAGCUCGCUCAAAAUGCAGAGAAGCUUGGCACAAUCUUGAGGAGCGAGUUGGAAACGCUUCCGAAGGAUAUUGUGACCACGGUGAGAGGAAAGGGCCUCCUCAAUGCGAUUGUGAUAAAUAAGAAAUUUGAUGCCUGGGACGUCUGCCUCAAAUUGGCGGACAAUGGCUUGCUUGCUAAACCCACUCAUGGAGAUAUCAUUCGAUUUGCUCCUCCUCUCACCAUGACCGAGAAGGAGCUUGGGCAAUGUGUGGAGAUCAUCAAGACAACGAUGCAUCAAAUAUCGCAAUAACUACACCAGGCUUGGCCGUAGACCCGCUUAAUCAUACCUGAACUUGCCAAGCUGUUUUAAAGCAAAACUAUCUUAAAUGGCGUCAUUUUAACUAAUACCUUGAAUCAAAUUCUACUUUCUCUA